AUAAACCCCUCCUCACAGACAAGCCAGCAAGCAUCCAAAACAAACCCAAAAAAAAAGAAACAAAAUGACAGCCAAACUCCACCAGCCCACUCUCCUCCUGCUCCUCCUCAUCCUCGUCGGCGUCUUCCUCCACCGCUCGCACGCGCAGCCCAACAUCACCGGCUACAACUGCACGGCGAGCCAGACCGGCUACCCCUGCCGGACCUACGCCUUCUACCGGGGCGCCCUCGCCCCGAACUACACCGACCUCGCCUCCAUCGGCGACCUCUUCGGCGUCAGCCGCCUCAUGAUCGCCGAACCCAGCAACAUCUCCGCCUCCGCCGCCGCCCUGUCCGCCCCCCUCGUCGCCGACCAGCCCCUGCUCGUCCCCCUGACCUGCGGCUGCAACCCCACCAACGGCACCAACAACAUCUCCAGCGCCAACACCAACUACACCAUCCGCUCCGGCGACACCUUCUACCUCGUCUCCACCGGGGCCUUCGAGAACCUCACCUCGUACCAGUCGGUCGAGGUCGUGAACCCGUCCCUGGUCCCCACGAACCUGAGCAUCGGGGACGACGUGGUGUUCCCCAUCUUCUGCAAGUGCCCGAACACGACCCAGGUGGCGGGCGGGGUCAAUUACCUGGUCUCGUACGUGCUCCAGUCCAGCGACAACCUCUCGAGCGUCGCGUCGAGAUUCGGGGUCUCGGAACAGAGCAUCGUGGACAUCAACGGCAACAGCACCAAAACCACCGAGACCCUCUUCGUGCCCGUCUCCAAGCUCCCGAAUCUGACCCAACCCAACGUCUCCGCCGCCGCCCCCGCCGCCCCUCCGGCCGCGAAGGAGGAGAGGACGGGGCUCAUCGUGGGGCUGGCCAUCGGGGUCGGACUCCUCGGGGCGUUCUUGAUUCUGGGGAUCGGGCUCUUGGUUCACAGGGAGAGAUCGAGGGAGAAGAGGGGACCGGGCGGGUUGGAGGGAGACGGAGGGGAGAAGAGGCAGGCGUACGGCGACAAAGGGUCGCGGGAGAUGGAGGUGAACCUGCUGGCCGACGUGACGGACUGCCUGGACAAGUACCGGGUGUUCGGGAUCGACGAGCUGAAGGAGGCGACGGAAGGGUUCAGCCCCAGGUGCCUGAUCCAGGGGUCGGUGUACAAGGGCUGCGUCGACGGCGAGAUGUUCGCGAUCAAGAAGAUGAAGUGGAACGCCUACGAGGAGCUCAAGAUUCUGCAGAAGGUGAACCAUGGCAACCUAGUGAGGCUGGAGGGCUUCUGCAUCGACCCGGAGGACGCGAACUGCUACCUCGUCUACGAGUUCAUCCCGAGCGGGUCGCUCCACUCGUGGCUCCACGAGGCCGGCCACCGGGGGAGGCUGGAUUGGAAGACCCGGCUGCGCAUCGCCGUCGAUGUGGCCAACGGCCUCCAGUACAUCCACGAGCAUACCCGCCCGCGGGUCGUCCACAAGGACAUCAAGAGCAGCAACAUCCUGCUCGACUCCAACAUGCGGGCCAAGAUCGCCAACUUCGGCCUCGCCAAGUCGGGCUGCAACGCCAUCACCAUGCACAUCGUGGGCACCCAGGGCUACAUCGCCCCCGAGUACCUGUCCGACGGGGUCGUGUCCACGAGGAUGGACGUGUUCUCCUUCGGGGUCGUCCUGCUUGAGCUGGUCUCGGGGAGGGAGGCGACGGACGAGGAGGGGAGGGUGAUGUGGGCCGCCGCCGUCGAGGCCUUCGGAGGGAGGAGCACCGAGGAGAUCGGGAAGGCCGAGAGGCUGAAGGGAUGGAUGGACGAGGGCCUGCUGGCGGACGAGGCGUGCUCGACGGAGAGCGUCGCGAGCGUGAUGAGCAUCGCGAUCUCGUGCUUGAACCGGGAUCCGUCAAAGAGGCCGAGCAUGGUGGAAAUCGUGUACGCCUUGUGCAGGAGCGACGACAUCUUUGAUUUUUCGGAGGACGCAUCAUCAACUGAUGCUCAAGUUUUGGCAAGAUGAGAGAGAGAAAGAGAAACAGAGAAAGUCCAUGGUCGGAUCUACUGGCUUAUAUUACAAUGUGGAUAAAUAAAUUUGAAUAGAUGAGCUAUAGUUAUGAUAGGUUUUUUUGGGGUGAUAAUAUGUAUAUGCUGUUUUCAUAAAAAUGCAUUAGCAUGGUUUGAUCAAAUUUUGGUUCGUGAUGCAGUUUAAACACAAAUCAAUACUUUUUAUUUAGUUAUACUUAUAUGCAA